AUGAUAUCUAAAAAGGAUAAGAAGAAAAUAAAUAAGCCUAAGGAAACAGAUAUAGAAGAACCUUUAAUUUUUAACGAAAUCAUGGAUGAAGCGGAUGUUCUUGAACUAAAUUUGUUUACUGAUAUUAAUGAAGCUUUUUUUAAUGAAGCUAACCGGGUGGUCCAAGUCCUCAUGGAAGCUAAACGCAAUUUCGAGGCAUCAAGAAUUAAAAGAUAUACUGACAUUAUUUUUAAUUUGCACCGACUCUACGUCGAUGAAGUCAUUGAUAAUGAUUUUUUACGCCCACGAAUUGUAUCUUCUGAAAACAAAUUACGACUUGCUCUUGAACUAACCUUAACUUCAGAAGAGGCUGUGCAAAAACUUAAAGAGGCUUUGGGUGAUGCAUGGAAAGAAUCUGAUUCAUCCGCUCUCCGCGAGCAGUUGGUCCAAGAGAAAUUGCAAGAAGUCCUAAUAAAGUGUGAUGGUCUUGGAGAUAUAAAUAGUGGACUAACAGAUGACGCGGCAGAAUUCGGACACCUGGCCAAAUACAAGAACAUAAUACUCCGCGAACGCGAUCGUUUGGCGGGAGAAGUUAUUGAUCUUGAAAAGCGUUUAGCUACUAACCGCUAUUACUCCGAAAAUUUGGAGUAUAUCAUUCGGAACAAUGAAGAUGCUAUGAGUAAAAUGGCUUCCCGUGCCAAAUUUGCUGAAGGAGAACGCCUGAAUGUCGAGUCUAAGUUGCGAGCUCUAAUGAAGACAAUGGAAGAGCAAAAAGACGCUCAUGGUAAGACUAUGUUAAAACUAGAUAUAACAAAUAGGGACUUAGCUGAGACCAUGCGCAAAUUAAGUAAAAAGAUUUCGGAUUAUGAGCGUCAAAGAGUACGUUUGGAUAAGUACAGAAGCGAGGUUAACGCAUUGAAUAAGACAAUGCACAAAUACGAGGAAGACAUUGCCGAUUUGACAAAAAACCAAAAAAAUAACGAGGAAAUGAUUAAGCAACUAAGGCUAAUAGAAAAAGAAAAAUCAAAUACUGUUACACAGUUGACUAGCAAGUUAAAGAAAUCAAUUGAAGAUCAAAAUAACGCAACAACACGAUUAUAUAAAUUAAAUCGAAAGGUUAUGAUGUUCAAUAGUGAAAUUUUGCGGCACAAAAACAAUAUUAAUUCAUUGGAAAAAGAUGUUCUAAAUGCAAAUGGCCGUACAGACGAUAUUCGCAGAAUUAAGGAAACACUACAGCGCGAACGUGACAGCCUUAGAAGUGACAUCAUCAAGUUAAGUAACACAAUGGCAGAUUUUAAGCAUGAUAUGAUGUUGAAAGCCAAUAUGAUUAGUUCAUUAAACUUAGAUAUAAACAAAUUAAACGUUAAAUUAGAUGAAGCUUAUAUUCUCAAAUCGAAGGCGGAGAAAGAACGGGACGAAAUGGCACAAGAAAUGGAAACUCUGCACGAACGCAUUGAAAAUUAUCAAGAUCAAAUAUCAUUGAAGACCAGUCAGGUAAACGAUCUUACUGAAAAGUUACAUGAAAAGCAACGGGAGGUUCAUAAUUUUAAAAAGCAAUUAGAAUCUGUGCACUCUGAAAAAAUGAUGCUGCACCGUAAUUUAGAGAAUACGACCCAGGAAAGGGACAAUUUUCGAAUUCUUCAAGCCAAAUCUGGCCAUCAAAUUCAGCAGCUCACCACUGAAAUAAGCGCCAACGAAGUGAAAAUAAACUCAUUAAAUUUGAAAAUCGAACAUCUCAACAAUCACAUUAAAGAACUACAAUCUGAGCUUAAAAAUAAAGAAAAUCUGGUUACCGGCUUGAGAAAGGAUAUGCGAGAAAUGAAAGCAAAGAAUGAGAUGUUAUCUAAGACUAUAUCAAAUGAUGAACUGAAGUUCAUGAAAAUGGGACAUGAACUGGAGGAAAUGAGAAAAGAACGAAACUUAGUAGGUUUACAAAUGGUGCGCCGCAAUGAUGAGAUUGUAGUUAUUAAGGAAAAACUUCAGAUUGCGCAAAAUGCACUAGAUAAUGGAACUACACAAUAUAAUCAACGAGUUGAAGACAUACGACUAUUGAAAAAAGAAAUUUCUAAUCUACACACGGAGAGUGUGUGCCUGAAACAUGCUAUUAAGAGUACUGCUGAUAUGAGAAAAGAAAUAGUGCGUCUUCAGCGUUCUCUUAACCAAGAGCGUAUACGCAUUCGAGCUUUAACUGAAGAUGCUAAGACGCCUACCGGUGUCCAUCGAUGGCGAAUAUUAAAAGGAGAAGAUCCAAAAAAAUUUCAAUUGCUUGAAAAGCUACAAGUACUACAAAAGCGCGCAUUGAAACAGUCAAUAGAAAAUUCAAAUAUAAAAAACAAAUUUGUCGAAGCCCAAAAAACUAAUGAGACUCUGAAGCGCAUGUUGUCUCAUAUGCCUACCGUGGAGAUAAAGCAUAAAUUAGUAGUGCAACAGCGAAUAAAUCGCCAAAUGACAAAGAAACUCAAAACGUUGUCUGCUGAGCGGUCACUAGAUAUGAUAGAAUGGAAUUCCAGACAAUUCAAUUACGCUGGGAAGCUCAAUGGAAUGGAAAAAUUCCCAUUAAUACCAAAGCCGGAAACAAACAUUGCACAACCAAGUGAAUUCGAGGGACCGCAAAAAUAUUUGGAUUGCGCACUGUUCUCAGAUGCUGACACAAAUACAUCUUUAAUAUGUGAGAAAUAACUGAUAGUUUUCAGAAAAAUUA